UUUAUCUAAAAUCAAUAAAACUACCAAAACUGCCAUAAUUUGUAAACAAUUAAUAUCGUUUACUUUCGUUCACGAUAUAGUUAUUAGAUAACUUAUAUAUUUUAUCUACAUCAUACUCUCGUUUUUAGUUUUAUAAUGUUUGGUAGGUAACUACUACUCAAUUGUUUAGUAGUCUAGGCAUCUAGUAUAAUCGAUUUUAAAUGUCGGUAUGAUUAAUUAUGAGUGUGAAGUGUGUUUUUAAAUUAUUUAAUUUGUUCUUUGUCACGAUCUGAUGAAAUCUUAAUAAUUUUCUACUAGCUUUUAGUCUUUUAGCAUUAUUGUAUUCGUUUAAAAUCUCGGCAAAGGCUGAGACUUUGAAAAUGUUAAACUAUGAAGGCUGGUAGACAGCAAAAUUGGUAAUUAGAUGGGUAUUAUACUUCCAAGCCCUGGCUUAGUUACAGCUCUGGUGUAAAUUGUCUUCUCAAUUAAUUAUUAGUUUAUAAAAAAGUAAUUUUAAAAACUUUUGCUCUCUGUGUAGCACUUUGUCAAUAAAGCAGUCUAAAAAUUAAAAUAGUUCAAAAGACAACAAGACUUGGUGCUCAAAACUAGUGAUAAUUAUUUCCAGACAAUGGAUGACACUAAAGUGAUUGCGUCACUCGAUACUUUCUACUCUGCGUGCAUGGAUUUGCGGAAACAUAACUAUGACAGAUGCAUCGAAAGCUGUACAAUAAUUUUAUCAAAAAACCCGUAUGACCAGGCAGCAUGGGCUCUAAAAAUGCGUGCAUUAACUGAACAACUAUCCAUUGAUGAUAUUGAAGCAGAAGAAGAAGGCAUUGCUGAUUCUUACUUUAACUCCGAUGCAAUAGCUGAAAAUGCUAGAGUAGGUACAUCUUUAAGAACAGCACAAGACACAAGUAACCAAAGACCUCGGACAGUUAGUGGAAGACCCUUAAGUGGUAUAGUUCGUCCAUCAACUUCAUCUGCUGGUGGCAAUAAUUUACAGUUGGCUUUAAAAACACCACGUACUGUUGGUUCCUCAAGACCAUUAACGUCUCAAUCAGCUAGAAAUAUACGCCUUGGUACUGCAUCAAUGGUCUCCCAAAUUGAUGGUCCUUUUAUUAAUAUAUCUCGUUUAAAUUUUCCUAAAUAUGCAUCUGAUAAACAACUUUCAAAGUUGUUAUUCAACUACAUCUAUUAUCAACAAAAUGAUAUUAGAAAUGCAUUAGAUUUUGCUGUGGAAGCAACUAAAUUUUGCAACUUUGAGGACCCUUGGUGGAAAGUGCAAUUGGGCAAAUGUUACGUUAUGUUAGGAUUACUACGAGACGGGGAAGCACAAUUUAGAUCUGCUUUACAACAUGGACCUAAUAUUGAAGUUUUCUUACGCCUUUCACGAUUAUUUAUUCGCCUUGAUCAACCUUUAAGUUCGUUAGACAUAUGUCAGAAAGCCAUGUCUUGGUUUCCACAUGAAGUUGCAUUACUCAUAGAAAUUGCUAGAAUAUUUGAAGGUCUAAAUAAUAUACCAAUGUCGGUUAAAUACUAUAGAGAUAUACUUGAAUUGGAUGCUACAGAUAUGGAAUCAAUUGCAUGUAUUGGAUUGCAUCAUUUUUAUUCUGAUCAGCCUGAAGUAGCUCUAAGAUAUUAUAGGAGACUGCUGCAAAUGGGCUUAUACAAUGCUGAACUCUUUAAUAACCUUGGGCUUUGCUCAUUCUAUGCCCAACAAUUUGAUGUAGUUACUGCCUGUUUUGAAAAUGCAUUAAGAUUAGCAUUGGAUGAUAAUGCAGCAGAUGUCUGGUACAAUAUCAGCCAUGUCGCAAUUGGAUUUGGAGAUUUGGAUAUAGCUGAGCACAGUUUGCAUUUAACAUUGUCUUUAAAUAGUUCCCAUGGUGCAGCUCUAAAUAACUUGGCUGUAUUACAGUGGCGUAAAAACAAUGUGUCCCAGGCUGAAUCCUUGUUGAACUCCGCAAUAGCAGCUGAAGAUCACCUUUAUGAACCACAUUAUAACAGAGCUUUACUAGCUCAAGAGGAAGGUGAUCACCAAACAAGUUAUGCUAUGGUAAAGAAGUCGCUUUCAAUAUAUCCUAAUCAUUACAAUUCUAGAGAUAUUUUAAACGAAUUAAAAAAAUAUUUUUCUAGUCUUUAAAAAUGAUUAGUUUAGUCUAUAAUUUAUUAAUUAAUUGUAUAGUUGUAUCUCUUGGUCAUAUCUUUAACAUGUAAUUAAGGAUGACAUUAUAAUUAAAUAUUAUCUAUCAGGUAACAUUUUUUUUACUUAUAAACAAACUGGUUGAAAUAAAUAUAUAUGUUUUUUUUCUUUUUGUUUUGUAACAUUUUUGUUGGAAUUGUCUAGUAUAGAAUGAAUAAUAA